GUUCAUUAUACAGAUGCGCCUUGUGCUGGGGACAAUAUAAGACCACUCUACGAUGUCUCAAGUUGAGGGAGUGUGCAAUUGGCAUGCUGACUGCAAGAAUGUCCACCAGAGCUGUUGCAAGAUAAUUUAAUUUCCCUUUCUCUACUACCUCAACACACACACAGUGGAAAGAAAAAGUAGUUGUGAGGCCGGUUGGAUGUACUGCCACAUUCUCUAAAACGACGUUGAGGCAACCGGAGGCAACAACAUUUAUAUGUUAUUAUUUUUGUUAUUAUUUUUGCUGCCUCCGGUCCCCCAUGGGCCUGUGCCCGAACGAAAAACCCUUUUGAGUGUACAUACAGCAUAUCAGAUAUACGCAACCUCUACCUUCCAAUACAUAUCAGCACCAAACGACUGUCAACUUCAACCAAAUCCAACAACCCACGGAUAUCAAUACAAAAAUCCUCUCAAUUAUAUACUAUAAAAAGAACAUCUCAACACAGCAUUCAUCUGUACAUCUCAAACUAAGCAUAUAAUACAUUUACAACUACUCACUCUUCAUGAAGAAUUACUCAAUAAAUAUUUGUGUGUAAGUAAUAUACAGACCUAUGUAUCUGAGUAGGAGAUGGAGUUGUCACUGGUACAGUAAGUGCAUUAGUGUACAUGUAACUAUCAGUAUGAGGGUGUUUAUGCAUGUCUCCCUAGAUCUCAUUCAACAUCGCAGAGAUUUUGAACCCUGAACUCGAGGUGAACCUGAGGGCUAAAGCGUAGACACACCCCUGACAUGGUUAAGUUCAUCUUCUCUGUGUUUAAAACCUCACCACCAAAUUGGACCGUAGAGGGACAACUUGGUAAGAUUCUCUUUGGUAUUGAAGUUGAGAACAUAACCAUCUCUCACCUGUCAACACCAUUCAACAUGACCUUCAAACACAAAUCUGAACUACAGGAAAAAGAGAAUACAACGUGUGUCUACCACAACCGGAGUCGAGGUGAAUGGGUCACUGAUGGCUGCCACACCCUGAGGCUCACUAACCAGACCAUCUGUAGCUGUGACCACUUCUCCUUUUUUGCCCUCAUGAUCCCUGAUGUGAAGCUGAGUGAGGUCCAUGCCAGGACGCUGAGUGUGCUCACCUGUGUGGGCGGAGCCAUCUCUGUGUUCUUCUGCACCAACACCUUACUGACACACUGUCUUCAACAUUCACGGUUAUCUACUGACCAUGCCAUGCUGGUUCAUCUCCAGUUGGUGGCAUCUCUGUUGUUACUCAACCUGCUGCUCUUGACCAGUGUGGGUUUGGCCUUUGUGGGCCCUGCAUCUAUGGCCCCUGGCCUGUGUCCUGCCGUGGCCGCCCUGCUGCACUACUCACUGCUCUGCUGCUUCACCUGGAUGGGCCUGGAGGCUCUGCAUCUGUACAGGCUGCUGGUCCUGGUCUACAACACCUACAUGAGACACUACCUGCUGAAGCUGAGCCUGCUGGGCUGGGGUGUUCCUGCUUUGGUUGUAUCCAUAGUCGCCGCUGUCAGUACAGAUUUCUAUGGGCUGAAUAACAGAAUGUGCUGGAUCAAAGACUCUGGUGUGCAGUACGGCUCUGUUGUGGCUUACCUGAUAGUGGUCCUGCUCUUCAAUAGCACCAUCUUCGCCAUCGUCAUCACAACGAUGCUCAAGCUGCGCUCUGUCACGUCGCCGCAGGGGAAGAGGCAGAGCCGCAACAUCACUUGCAGCGUUCUUGGGUUGACCUGCAUCCUGGGCCUCACCUGGGGGGUGGGCUUCUUCUCCAUGGGCUACACCAACUAUGUCAUCCUCUACAUCUUUACCAUCCUCAACUCACUGCAGGGGUUCUUCCUGUUCCUAUGGCUCUGCGUUAAGAGACUGCGGGGGGCAGAGCAGAGUUCCAUGACAACUGGACAGAGCUCAAGCACCCACAUUCUCUCCGUUGGAAGCGAGGUCUGGCCCUCUUCUGGAAGAACAAGGCAGUCAGUGCAAGAGGGAGUAAUUGCUGAUAAUACAGCUAAGUUCUGACCAAAAGCUGACUUUAGUUUGUGAUGCUUUAGCUCACUGAGAUGAAAGGAAAUCUACAAAUGGAAAUGAAGUACCGUGAAGGAAUUGUUUUGCUUCGGUCCCAUACAGUACAUCACAUACUUAAAUAAAUGUUAAAGCAGAUAAUCCUUAAGAAAGAAUGUGUUGUACUCCUAUCGUUUAAUUUCUUCCUGUUGAAAUGAGAUAUGCUGUUUUAUAUGCCACCUUUCACCUAAAGCCUUCUAUUAUUAUUAUUCUGGGAUGGAAAGGGGAGUUGGAACUGUUCUCAGAGAUGAAACGAAAGUGAAUUGUAAUGAUUGUACACUAAUUCUAUAAUAAAUAUACAUAUACAGUA